CUCUUUUUCUGUUCGCGAGCAGAUAACCAGAGACUUCAGAGCGCUGACAACGGCAGCAUUGUCGCUAUUGCAUUCAUUUGAAUGAAUCCUCGAACAACAGGGCUGGAAAGAAGCAUGGCUCAUGCUAGUGUCGUCGUUACUUUUGCCCUCGUUGACGCUUCUGAUCUCUUCCUCAGCUUCGACGUGAACCAUGGUCACGUUCCUUCCUACUACAACACGCUCCUCUGGCCGGCUCUCUACCAUAGUUAUGAGCGAACCUACGACUGGAGAAGCCGUUCAGACGAGCUCCAGCGUCUUCAGAUGCGGAAGGAUAGCUUGGGCCAAUGAGAAUAGAUGUGUAAUAUCAUCAGCGGCGUUAACCACCGAAAGUGAGAGUUCGCGUGCUCGUCUUCAUCGCGGCAGGAGGAAUUGAGUGUGCGAUUGAGAA